GUUCGAGGUUUCAUGCAUGCAAAUAUAGAAAAUAAAAGUGCAAACGUCUCAAGUUUUUCUGAACAAAAUUUGUUUUUAGAUUUUUUCCAAACAAUGGGACCUUUCGUGUUGCUACUGACGCUCUAAUUUUUGGAAUUUCAGGGGAUCUCCUUACCGGGUUAACAAUCAUAGUUUAUGGACGACCACUUACGAGGGGCUACCCACAAAACAAUCGUAGAUUUCUGCGCGGAAAAUCUUAAGAAAAUUCUUAGAGGAACUCUUGGAAAUCUCUUAGCAAUCCAGAAUUCGUGCUAAAUAAUGGAAAUCUUUUGCUAAGUUUGAGCAGAUAUGAGAUGGUGUAGACCAAAAGCCGCCGAGCUUAGCUGAGUCUGUAGAAUCCCAUGUGAGUUCUGAUCGCGAGCAGAGUCGGAAGUCUCGGAACUCCCGGAAAUCUCAAUGAAAUCUUGGAAGUCUCUACACAAAUUUAAUACACAUAACUGCAUUCACAGUUUUAAGAUUUCCAGAUUUCGUAAAGUGCUGCGGUUGAAAAAGUCGUAGUAUAAAAAAACAUCCGUUGCUGCUAUUAAAGGUUGGCGUAAGUCUGGCUAAAGAAAAAGAAGACAAUAGCCGGAAUUUGUGGAGAGUGUUUGUCUCCGUUGGAGCUUUAUCGAGAAACCACUGUAUCCUGUAAACUCCCUUAUAAAUUCGAAAUGAAACCCUGGCCUCUACCAUUACUUGUUCUGGUAUCUAUAGGAGCUGCCGUGAGAAACAAAUCGAUCUACACUAUGGCUGAUAAUUCCUCAAUUCUCUACCUUUUCGAUCGACCUGCUGAACCUGUUUACGUCCCGAAAGGGGAGCAAAGGGUGGCUUUUGAAAUACCAGCUAAUUACUUGCCUGACAGAUACCGAAGCGUUGCAACAGAAGUUUUGACUCGGUACAAUGAUGAUACGAAGAUGAAGGUGCAAGUGAAGUCAAUCUCCAUUCCAGAUUUGAGUGUACCUAUGCAAUUAGGUCGCCGGGAAGCAUUUUCGCUCUUCAUACCACUCCAUCGCAAAUUGGCCGCGAGGCUAAUUGACAUAUUUAUAAAUUUGCGAACGUACGAAGAUUUUCUCUCCGUGGCAGUAUACAGUCGUGAUCGUUUAAAUCCAAACUUGUUUAUUUACGCCCUCUCGGUCGCAAUUCUUCAUCGACCUGACACUAAGAAUCUGCCCAUUCCGCCACUUUCGGAAAUCUUCCCUGACAAGUUUAUGGACGGUUCGGUUUUCUCGAGAGCGAAAGAGGAAGCCAACGUCGUACCAGCUGGAGCUCGAGUACCAAUUGAAAUCCCCCUGGAUUAUACAGCAUCGGAUCUUGAUGAAGAGCAUCGUGUUGCCUAUUUCAGAGAAGACAUUGGUAUCAAUCUCCAUCACUGGCAUUGGCAUUUGGUCUUCCCCUUUGAUGGUCCUAGGUCGAUUGUUGACAAAGACAGGCGGGGUGAAUUAUUCUAUUAUAUGCAUCAGCAAAUGAUGGCCAGGUACAACGCUGAGCGUUUGAGCAAUGGCAUGAAUCGCGUGAGGCGCUUCAUCAAUUGGAGAGAACCAAUUCCCGAAGGAUAUUUUCCAAAAUUGGACUCCCAGGUAGCAAGCAGGACUUGGCCAGCACGUCCUACUGGAUCGGUUCUCAAGGACAUAAAUCGGCAAGCCGACCAAGUAAACUUCGAUAUUCAGGAUCUCGAGAGAUUUAGGGAUCGUAUUUACGAAGCCAUCCACACAGGGGCUAUCAUCAAUGCCAGGGGGGAGAGAGUCCCUCUUACCGAAAAAGACGGUGUCGAUAUGUUGGGAAAUUUAAUUGAGUCCAGCAUCCUCAGCUUGAAUCCCAAUCUUUAUGGUGACCUACACAAUAUGGGACAUGUUGCUAUUUCUUUCUGCCACGAUCCUGACAAUCGAUACUUGGAAUCUUUUGGGAUAAUGGGUGACCCAGCGACCGCAAUGCGGGAUCCGAUAUUUUAUGCAUUCCACGCAUUCAUCAAUGACGUUUUUGUGGAGCAUAAAAACACUCUGUCGCCCUACACAAACCAGCAGUUGGAUUAUCCAGGAAUUGAAAUUAAAGGAAUUGAAGUGCAAACACCAAGCCAGCCAACCAAUGUUCUCUCGACCUUUUGGUCAAAAAGUGACGUAGAUUUGUCUCGUGGUUUGGACUUCACACCACGAGGACCAAUUUUGGCCCGAUUUACUCAUUUGAAUCAUGCCAGAUUUAAUUACAACAUUGUCGUGAAUAAUCGUUCAAAUUCUACCAAGAGAGGAACUGUCAGAAUAUACCUUGGACCUAAACGAGAUGAGAGAGGACUUCCAUUUACGCUAGAAAAUCAGAGGGGCUUAAUGAUGGAAAUGGAAAAAUUUAAAGUCACGCUAAAACCUGGUGAGAACAGAAUCGUGCGAAGUUCUAGUCAGUCUUCAGUUACGAUUCCCUUCGAGCGAACUUUCCGAAAUUUGGAAGAGCAAAAUCGACCAUCAGCUGGACCAGCUUUGGAACAAUUCAAUUUGUGUGGAUGUGGAUGGCCAGAGCACAUGUUGGUGCCAAAGGGAAAUAAAGGUGGAUUCCCGAUGGAAUUAUUCGUCAUGGUUUCUGACAUUGAAGGCGAUGAGAUUGUGCAAAGUGAGGUUGGAGGUUGCAACGAUGCGGCAAGUUUCUGUGGCGUGAGAGAUCGCAAAUAUCCCGAUGCACGUCCUAUGGGGUAUCCAUUUGACCGUAGAUCCCGCGAUGGGGUGAACACUUUGGCCCAAUUUUUGUCCGGAAAUAUGGCGGUUACGGACGUAAAUAUCCGUUUCACGGACCAAGUAUUGCCCAGAACACGUUCUGAAAGUACGGGUAACUCCUUAAGCUUCUCGUGA